UUUGUAUUAUGUGUAUAAAGUCUAGAAACAUGCCAAACCUCAUCUCAUAGAUUUCUCUCAAUUUCCUCUCCCUUCCUCUCUCAUGGCACAAUCAUCAUCAACAUCUCUCAAAGUUCAUCAAAUUCUUUCAAUAUCACCACAAAAUGAAACCUCACCAACCACUUUUCCCUUCACUUUCUUUGACACUCUAUGGCUAAAACUCCCACCGGUUGAACGUCUCUUCUUCUAUGAACAAACCAACUUAUCAACCACUUUUUUCUUUGACUCAAUUCUUCCAAAUCUCAAACACUCUCUUGAACUCACUCUCCAACACUUUCUCCUUCUUGUUGGUAACAUCACAUGGCCACAAGAUUCAUCUCACCCUAUUAUCAACUAUGUCCCUAGUGAUUCUAUCUCUUUCAUUGUAGCUGAAUCCAAUGAAGAUUUCAACCUUUUAUGUUCCAAUCUUUGUGAAGCUAAAAAAAGACACACCCUUGUCCCAAAGUUGAAUAUUUCAGAUGAAAAAGCAUCAAUUAUUUCACUACAAGUCACUUUUUUUCCUAACCAUGGAUUUUGUAUUGGUAUAACCACACAUCAUGCAGCUGUUGAUGGAAAAUCUUCAACUUUGUUUAUGAAAGUUUGGUCUUAUUUUUGCUCUAACCUUGAAAAAAAAUCACCCUCUUUAUCUUUACCUCAAAAUCUAACACCUUUUUUUGAUAGGUCCAUUAUCAAAGACCCUUUAGGAAUAAAUGAAAUUUAUUCAAAAGGGUGGUCAAGUUUGGGUGGAGAAAUAAAUAAUAGAAGUUUGAAGGUUUGGGAAACAAUUAGUGCAACAAAAGGUGAAGCAAUAAAAGGUCAUUUUGAAUUUUCACCUUUGGAUAUUCAAAAGCUUAAGAAAUUUGCACAAUCCAAUCUUGAAAAUAAAAAAAUUUCAACUUUUGCUAUUGUUUGUGCUUAUUUGUUGGCAUGUGCGGUUAAAGUUGACCAACCAAAUUCCAAUAAGGUAGCUUUUGUUUUUAGUGUGGAUUGUAGGCCACGUUUGGAUCCACCAAUUAAUGAAAAUUAUUUUGGUAAUUGUAUUGUGUCACAAUUGGUUGUAGGCCAAACUGAGGAAUUAUUGAAAAAAGAUUAUGGAUUUAUUAGUGCUCUUAAAGGGAUAAUAAAUGCUUUAAAUUUUGAAAAAGGGGUGUUACAUGAGGUAGAAAUUUGGAUGUUAAAGAUACAAUCAAUUAUGAGUGAGACUAAAAGGUUGUUUUCUAUUGCUGGCUCACCUAGAUUUGAGGUUUAUAGUUUUGAUUUUGGAUGGGGAAAGCCUAAGAAAGUUGAUGUUACUUCUAUUGAUAAAACAGGAGCAUUUUCUCUUGGUGAAAGUAAGAAUAAUGAUGGUGGAGUUGAGAUUGGUUUGGCUUUGAACAAGCAACAAAUGGAGGAAUUUGCUCAACUUUUUGUUCAAGGACUUGAAUCUUUGGAAUAGUAUCAAGGAAGUGGAUCGUUAUAUGGUAUCAUAAUAGUGUGUUCUAGAUCUGAAUCGUUCGAUCAAAAUCAGAUGAUCUGAGUUUUGAAUUCGUGUUUUGAGUUGAUUUUGCAAAGUUGGAAUUGAAAUUGUUAGGUGAUUUGCGGAAAUGGAAGAAUGAUUAUCAUAAAGAGAUUCUUAUAUGUAUUUUUAAGAUGAUGAAUAAUGUUGUAAGAGAAAGAAGAAGAAAAAAAUGGUCAUUGUUUUGUUUUAGUUUUUUUUUUUUUUGGUAUAGUUGUUUUAGUAUUUUUAUUUUGUUAGAUUGAAUUAAUGAUGAAUUACUAUAUGUUUUGUUUCCUCGAAUUUCAAUGUUUUGGCGUCAUCUACUA